CUCUUCAACUUUCUUCUUCUUCUUCUGGCGAUUUUUCAUCUUUUCAAGCGACGACACAACCCUAACUCUCUCCCGCGGACGCGACCUUUCUCUCCAGAUCUCUCUCACUCUCUCUCCUCUCCCCUAGCAGCGGCACGCCAGCACCUCCUUCGUUUUCAGCUGCCAAUCGAGGAAGGUGAAGUUAUUUUCCACGAAUUCAAUCUGUUCGUUGGAAGAUUGGAAUAAUUUCUCUUAGCAAGACUGACUGCAAUUUUUUAGGGUUAAAAUGUCGGUGGUAGCAGGUGUUAGUGAUUCUGUGAUUGCAAUUAGGGAAAAACUUAGGGGAAAAAUCGGACAAACAAAAGUGAAAAGAUAUUGGCCUGGUAAAGCUCCUGAAUGGGCAGAUGAAGUGGAAGAAGAUGAGGAUAUUAGAAUGAAUAGGGCAAGCGCCCUUGAGAAAGCCUUUCCAAUCCAUGAAGAUUCCGAGAUCCAUAAACGGGACGAUCCUCGUUUACGUAGGUUGGCUGAGAGUAAGAUUGAUGAAGAUGUGAGAGCUGAUCACAGACGUAUUAGACAAGCUGAGAUUAUAUCAACAGCAGAAGAGGAGGAAGAAGAUUUAGAUGAUAAUGACGAUGAUGAUGAUGCUUUGGAGGAAAGGAGGAGGAGAAUUAGAGAAAAGAAUCUUCAGAGGCAACAAGAAGAAGUUGCUCCUAUUCAGGAGGAAGAAGAAGAAGAGGAGGAGGAAGGAGAUGAAGAAGAAUCUGAAUACGAGACUGAUUCUGAGGAAGAAACGACGGGUAUGGCAAUGGUGAAGCCUGUCUUUGUACCUAAAUCAGAAAGGGAUACCAUAGCUGAGCGCGAAAGACUCGAGGCAGAGGAACUGGCCCUUGAGGAGUCUGUGAAGAAGCGACUCGAAGAAAGAAAAGCAGAGACUAAGAAAAUUGUGGUUGAAGAGAUCCGUAAGGAUGUAGAAAUUCAAAGGAACAUAGAGCUGGAGGCAGACGCAGCCGAUGUGGAUACUGACGACGAAACAAACGAGGCAGAAGAAUACGAAGCUUGGAAGGGAAGAGAAAUCGCGAGGAUCAAAAGGGAUAGGGAGGGUAGAGAUGCUGUGCUGAAAGAGAGGGAAGAGAUCGAGAGGGUUAGAAAUAUGACAGAGGAAGAGAGGAGGGAAUGGGAGAGGAAGAACCCGAAAGAAACUGGUGCUCCUUCGAAGCAAAAAUGGAGGUUCAUGCAAAAGUAUUACCAUAAAGGUGCUUUCUUUCAGUCAACUACUGAUGACCGAGUUGGCACUGCUGGAGGAGAUGAGACAAUAUUUAGGCGCGAUUUCUCUUCACCAACUGGAGAAGAUAAGAUGGACAAGUCUAUAUUGCCAAAGGUGAUGCAGGUGAAGCACUUUGGUCGCAGCGGACGAACUAAAUGGACCCAUCUGGUUAACGAGGACACCACAGAUUGGAACAAUCCAUGGACUUUCAAUGACCCUCUUAGGGCAAAGUACAAUGCAAAAAUGGGUGGUGGGAUGAAUGCUCCAAUUGCAAAACCCAAAGGGAGUAAGAAGAUUAAAGAUUGGGAGAAACCCUAAUUCAUCAUCAAUACUUAAUCAUCUUGUAAACAAAAUAUUGUCUGUUUUUAUAGAUGUUAUUUUGAUUUAC